GGUGCGGGGGUCCCGGAGGAUGCGCGGGGGUCCCGGGGGGUCGCACAACCCCCCGUUGCCCCCAGCCCUGCUGUAUCUGCCGGACGGGUCGGCGCUGCCGCUGCCGCUGGAGCCGCCGCCGGGCCCCACGGCCGCGGAGCUGCUGCGCCGGCUGCAGGGAGCGCUGCGCCUCCCGCCCGCCGCCGGGGACGCGCUCGCGCUGUGGCUGGGGUCGGAGCUGCUCGAGGUGCAGCUGAAGCCGCGGCACCGACCCCUGCGCCUGGUCCGGCACUGGCCGGAGCUGCUGCUGCGCUUCAGCCUCGGCUCGCCCGCGGCCAUCGCCCAAGAUGAGCCGUGUCUGCAGCUGCGCAGGAACGUGUUCUUCCCUAAGAGCCGCGAGCUGGAGCUACAGGAGGAGGAGUUGCUCCGGUUGCUCUAUGAGGAGGCGCGGGAGCAGCUGCAGGCGGGGCGUUACCCCGUGGACCCUCCCGAGGCUGCCGAGCUGGGGGGGCUCAGCUGCCGCCUGCGCCUGGGGCCCUUCGAGCCCGGCCGGCACACGGAGCUCAGCCUGCGGCCGAUGCUGGGGGAGCUGCUGCCGCCGGGUCCUCCGGCCCGCUGGGGGGCGCUGUUCCGGCGCUCCCGCGAGCCGGGCCCCUCCCAGCGGCUGCUCGAGGCCUUCGCGCGUGCGCCAGGCCCCGAGGCGCCCCCUGCCGGAUUGUACCGGGACUUCCUGCGCCGCUGCCACGCCCUGCCCGGCUACGGGUGCGCCUUCUUCCCAGGAGCCAUUGAGCGGCCUUCGGGGGGGCUGCUGGGCCGGGGGGGGCUGCGCCCCCAAAACCGCCUCAGUCCCGAAUAA